CGUUCACUCAGUUGGGGGAUGUGGCAGUCGGAUGUGGCAACUCAGACGCGGACUAUUGUGGCAAUGAGCCAGUGGCUAACAGUAUCGGAUUAGCUAAGGAACGAAGCUGCAUUUUUUUUUUAACGUAACUUUUUUUUGUUAAAUAACUUGGGGAAGGGUUCUGAUGUCGAUGAUUCUGUUGGUAGGGUUUCCCUGACACCUUGCUUGAAAAACAGAAGGAACUGCGUAUCAAACUGAGUGUGUAAUCCUCUGGUCCACAUCAUGUCCAAAAGCAAGAGUUCAGAGUCAGUGAAAGUAGUGGUCCGUUGUCGCCCCAUGAAUGAGAAAGAACUGGCAGCCACAUAUGAGUGUGUGGUGUCUGUUGAUGUCAAAUUUGGUCAAAUUAUUGUCCGGAACCCCAGGGAAGCUUCUGCUGGUGAACUGCCCAAAGUGUUCACAUUUGAUUCAGUCUAUGACUCCAAUUCAAAGCAACUAGAUUUAUAUGAUGAAACCUUUAGGCCCCUUGUGGAUUCCGUUCUCCAAGGAUUUAACGGAACCAUCUUUGCUUAUGGGCAAACAGGCACAGGGAAAACAUACACCAUGGAGGGUGUAAGAAAUAGCCCAGAAAGGAGAGGAGUUAUCCCCAACUCAUUUGACCACAUCUUUACUCACAUUUCAAGAUCUCAGAAUCAGCAGUAUCUGGUGCGAGCAUCGUAUCUGGAGAUCUAUCAAGAGGAAAUCAGAGAUUUACUCUCCAAGGACCAAGCUCGACGUUUGGAGUUGAGAGAGAGGCCGGACACUGGCGUUUAUGUUAAGGACCUGUCAUCAUUUGUCACCAAGAGUGUGCGGGAAAUUGAAAAUGUCAUGAACGUGGGCAAUCAGAAUCGCUCAGUGGGCUCGACCAACAUGAACGAACACAGCUCCCGUUCUCACGCCAUCUUUGUCAUCACUGUAGAAUGCAGUGAACUGGGGCCGGAUGGGGAGAACCACAUCCGAGUUGGCAAACUCAAUCUGGUGGAUCUAGCCGGUAGUGAAAGGCAGACCAAGACCGGGGCUCAGGGGGAGCGGCUGAAAGAAGCUACAAAAAUCAACCUGUCACUUUCUGCUUUAGGGAACGUCAUAUCGGCUCUGGUGGACGGGAGGAGCAGCCACAUCCCUUACAGAGAUUCUAAACUCACCCGACUUUUGCAGGACUCUCUUGGAGGCAACGCGCGCACUGUCAUGGUCGCCAACAUUGGCCCGGCAUCUUACAACGUGGAAGAGACUUUAACCACGCUACGCUACUCAAACAGGGCAAAGAACAUCAAGAAUAAGCCCCGUGUCAAUGAGGACCCCAAAGAUGCUUUGCUCAGAAAGUUUCAAGAGGAGAUUGCAAAACUGAAGGCGCAACUCGAGAGGCGUACAGGAAAGAAAAACAAGAGGAGGCAUAAAAGGAGGGGCGAUUGUAGCAGUGGCGACGGUCACGAAGAAGCCAGCGAAGAGGAUGACGAAGUGGACGACAACAAAAUUGAUUAUUGGCGGGAGCAGCAGGAGAAGCUGGAGAGGGAGAGGAAAGCCAUCAUGGAGGAUCACAGCCUGGUGGCUGACGAGAAAGCUCAACUCCUGAAAGAGAAGCAGAAGAAAAUGGAAGACCUUAAGAAAGAGCAGGAAGCAGGAGACAUGUUGUCAGCCAAAGUUCGGGCCAUGGAAAGUAAACUCUUAGUUGGAGGGAAGAACAUUGUAGAUCAUACCAAUGAGCAGCAGAAGAUGCUGGAGCUGAAAAGACAGGAAAUUGCUGAACAAAAACGGAAAGAGCGAGAGAUGCAACAACAAAUGGAGUGUCGAGACGAGGAAACUCUGGAGCUGAAGGAGACGUACAGUUCUUUGCAACAGGAAGUCGACAUUAAAACCAAGAAACUGAAAAAGUUGUUUGCCAAACUCCAGGCAGUGAAGGCAGAAAUCCACGACAUCCAGGAAGCGCACAUCAACGAGCGCCAGGAGCUGGAACAGACCCAGAAUGAGCUCACCAGAGACCUUAAACUCAAGCAUCUGAUCAUUGAGAAUUUCAUUCCAUUCGAAGAGAAGAACAAAAUAGUCAACAGGGCUUUCUUCGACGACGAGGAUGAAUACUGGAAGAUGAGGCCCAUCACACAUAUUGAGGAUGAACAUCAGAUGAUGAGCAGGCCGCAGUCCGCCAUUGGUUUCCGAAGGCCUCUCAGUAACCAUGCUCGGAUGGCCAUGAAGGAUAGCCCUGACGUGAGAUAUAAAGCUGAGAACAUCCUUCUGUUGGGCAUGGAAAUGCCAUCGCGGACCACCAAAGAUUAUCAGCAGCCAGUUAUCGCACCAAAGGUAGCGGCGGCUCUGGAAGACGCGCUGAAGAAUGAGGCCGAUCUUCAGGUUGAUGCCUCUGGAUUUAAUAGCAGCUUUGCACCUCCCGCCAGUGCCAGUGGAAGUCUCAGGAAACCAAAAUCGGCUCGACCAAGAACAGGCAAGCAAUCAAACACUUGGACUUCUUCAUUCAAUGUUCACAAUCCACCCUCUCCAAUUUAUCCACAAUCCCGUGGGCUGGUGCCCAAGUGAAAGCUGCGGCCUGCUAUCAACCUCUGCUGUGCAGCUCAAAGGAGAAUGCUUUUUAUCCUGCCCAAGGCAACACUAUUGUGAAAUCUGCAAAAGACACAAGAAAGUAGAAACAUUACUGCUGCUUUGUAGGGAAAAAAUGAAUUGUAACCACUAUUUGCUACUAUCAGAUGCUUUUUAAUCUUUGAGUAUAUUUAAAGAACGUUCAUCACAACACAAGGACUCGUGGCCACGGUGUGCAACAGUCUACUGAACUUGGCCAACUUUAAAGUUCUUAAUGUAAAGAAACCAAAUGGCAAUUUGUCCUAAGAGUUCAAAUAUCCCUUGCUCAGCACAUUCCACAGAAGAAUGAAUCGAGGUGAGGCCAGUUGUGCUCCACGCAGUUAGUCAAGCGCUAUGGGUGACGUCCAGCUGAAAGAGCCCACUUGGGUCAGCCAUCCUGGUUGGCACGGAGGUGGUCUCUAUGCAAGUGAUGAAUGUCAAACUGAAAGCUUCCCACCGCAACAUUAUUCCAAAUGACCAAUAUCAUGUACCCCAUGAUGAAAAAUGCACUUUUUACAGUGGACACACUAAUUGGUCAGCAAGCUGUGAUGCGCGUCAACAUGGACUUUGUGUUCAAAUACUUUUUGUAGAAUUUUCCGACACAAAAUUGACACUUGUCUCAUCACUGACAAGUGCCAUUGUAAUGAGAUAAAUAUUCAAUUAACCCAGUGCUUCUCAAUUAUUUUCUGUUACGCCCCCCCUCCCCACCGUGACUAUCCUAACUUGUCUUGUAAGUCGUAAAAUGUUGCACUGUCGCAAACGUGACAGAAGUAACAAUGAGAGCGCCACUGCCCCCUGCUGUAGUAAACGCGCAAUUACACUUUAUUCUAGUACUGCCAAAAAAAAAGCCUGUUCCCCAGGGUCACACGCGCCCCCCCAGGAAUAGCUUGGGGGGCGCCUGUUCCCCAGGGUCACACGCGCCCCCCCAGGAAUAGCUUGGGGGGCGCCCCCCACUAUUUGAGAAGCACUGGCCUAGGUGACUGAUUCACAAUUUGGUUUUGUCUGAUAUCAGAGAUUAAAUAAAGAAAACCAACUGGCUGA